GAGCAGCUGGGACCAGAGAGGUAGGGAGUGCAGUGGAGCAAGAAAAAAAGAGACCCACCGGGCACCAAAUCUCUGCACAUGGACUUGUUGGGACAGUCAGUAGGCAGCACCUGAGUGACCACUUUAAGGAGAAAAUAAGGCCGGCUAAGAUCAAUACAGGACUUCAACUGUCUUCUCUUUGGCAUCCCCAUGGAUGCACGCAGAUUGAUCUGAAUGCUGAUCUGCAUCUUUUGAUCUGAGCCCAACUUCUGUGGAUAUUGCAGCUUUUUCCAGCUACCACACCAGUCUGCUGGAGCCUGGACUCUAUUGUUGAGUUUAAGAAGCAGCGGGGGAGAGCGAGGGAAAAGAGAAUAUUGCCAUCCAUCUCUAAGUCCCUACAGCCCACCCUCAGCUUUGGACGCCCCUCCUCUCAGCCUCUUCUUUUGACCCCCUGUGCCCUCCACAACACCCCAACCCAACCCCCUUCAGCACCUCCACCCCCCCAACAGAGCAGAAAGCGUGAAAAAUCUCACUAAUGGGUUUAUUUGCUGUCAGAUCUCCACAGAUCUGUCAUUCCCUUGGACCAUUCUGCUUGACACAUUUCAUAGUUGAGUAAGCCUCCUGGAAGUCUGGCUAGACUUAGCAGUGCCCCUGCAAACGCUGGGCUGGCUCAGAGCUCAUCAAGAGGGGAGCAGCAGUCAGUCUGACAGUCUCUUGGACAGGGAGUCCCUGAAGCUGCAUUCCUCCAGUCUCUUGUGUUUGUAAGCCUCGUGGGCAUCUUCAGCUUGCGUCCAACCACACGACUGGUCCUUUUCCAGAAGAUUCGGGUUGUUUCUGCAGGGAUUCAGGUGCUGAUUGAAAGACUGUGAAGAUGUGGUGUGGGGCUAUGCCUCUGGCCGUAGUGGCUGUGGUGUUCUGGACCCAGUGUGUCCUUCUAGAUGGAGUGGAUGCCAAGAAGGAGAGGAAGAGGCCAAAGGAGCCCACUCCACAGCACACAGAGACGUACAACACAACUCUAUCCAACAGUGAAGAAGUUGGUGGGACCAUCAAGGGUUCUGAUCACCAGAGGGUGGAUCCACUGGGAUCAUGGAUGGACUUUGUGAAACGACCCGUUGGAAACUUUCCUGGAAAAUGUCGCAAACGCAAACGACCACUGCCAGGCCCACCCGGUCCUCCAGGUCCUCCAGGUCCCCAGGGUCCUCCUGGCUCUCCUGGGGCUCAAGUAACUCAAGAAGUUCUCCUGCAGGAGUUCAAAGAGAUGAUUAAAGAGGCUACAGAGAGGCGAACAGCAGCCUUGGACAGACAAAUCAGCCCCAGCCAGCUACCUACAACCAUCCUCACCCUGGAGGGGAUGACCUCGUACCGCAGAAUAGAAGAAGCUUUCCACUGCAAGCUCAAGGGACCCGUAGUGGUCGACAAGAAGACUCUGGUGGAGCUCCAGAACUUUCAGACACCGCCUGCUAAAGGAGCUUUCCUCAGAGGGUCGGGAAUGGACCAGUCGACUGGGAGGUUCACAGCUCCCAUCACAGGGAUCUACCAGUUCUCUGCUAAUGUCCAUAUUGAUCACAAUGAGGUGAAGAGGAGCAAGAGCCAGCUUAAGGCCAGGGACAAUAUUCGGGUGUUGAUCUGCAUCGAAUCCCUCUGCCACAGAUACACUUCACUGGAGAUGAUCGUUGGCUUGGAAAGUAACAGCAAGAUAUUCACUGUCAGCGUGCAGGGACUGCUGGAGCUGCAGGCUGGGCAGUACACCUCCAUAUUUGUGGAUAACGCAGCCGGUGCUUCCAUUACAAUACAGAACGGUUCAGAUUUCAUGGGCAUGCUGCUUGGUGUAUAGCCUCAAACACGAGCAGGGCAUCCUCCAAGCUGUCCACUGCUGCCUUUUAUUUUUUUAUUUUCUUUCAAUGGACUGCUUAUGAGCACCGCCACACAGGACCAAACCACAGGGGAGGCUUGAAGGAAGGAUGUAAGGCUGACAUUGACUUGACUGCUUGUCAGAUGAAAGUCAGUGAAAGGACAGUGUGAAGCACUCAUGGACUGAGUUUGUUUCUCACAGUGCACUUCCACCUCCCCCCCCAGGAACUUGGACGCAUGUUGCUUCACAGAUAGAAUAACCUGAAAAUAAAAUGGAGAAUAUGUUUGUUACAGUAUAUUUUUCAUGGUUGUUGAAGACCUUUGCAGUAAACCAAGAUUUUUUUUAUGUUCUCUGUAGUGGUUGAAAGAGCUAGGGAACACAAAAUAGUAAAUUUGUGCAUUUAAUGUAUAUUGACAUUCAUGUUUUUGUCUUUUCUAUCUAUUGUCUAAACACUCAUGAACUAUAAUUUUGUUGGAUUAAAAUCCAGUUUUAUUAUAUUAUAUGGUACAUAGACUCCUUGAGUACACUGGACAGUUAAAAUAUGCUCAGUAGACAGGCCUCAUGUGGUAUUGUAUCAUAACUGUUGCUGCAUUUUUAGCCAUUUUAGCAUCAGUUAAGACUGAAAUAUUCAACGGUGAGAGGAUGGAUUAGUUGUAUAGAGUCCCACAGACCCACAAUCCCACAAAUUUCGCUGAUCCUCUGACUUUUCCUCUACAGCCAAUACGUGAUGCUUACAUUUAUCAUUUUUGAGUUAAAUAUUUGAACAAUAAUGCCAUGAAAUUAACUGUUUGCUCCAGAAUAAAAUGUAAGCUAAUUUCA